AUGUCAUCGACAAGUAAAAGUUGGAUAGUUGUUUGUAUAAGUGAUACACAUCAACGUCACCGUCAAUUAACAGAUCGAUUAAAAUCUUCUCAUAAUGGUGAUAUAUUAAUACAUGCUGGUGAUAUAACUAAUUUCAGUCGUGGAAUAAAACCACUUGAUGAUUUUGAUCAAUGGUUAAAUGAACUUCCAUUUAAACAUAAAUUAAUUAUUGGAGGAAAUCAUGAAACUAUUUCAAAUGUAACUCUUAAUCAUGGAAGAGUUUUACAAAAUGAACAAAUUAUUAUUGAUGAUUGUCUUCGUAUCUUUGGUUCAAAAUGGCGUCCAGUAGGAGAUUCAGCAUGGUCCGAUAUUCCAUUAAAUUCACAUAUUACAAUAACACAUAAUCCACCAUUUUCAUCGAAUGGAGAAGAUGUUGAUUUAGAAUAUAAUUUAACAAAAAGAUUAGAAAAACUAAAUAGACCUUUACUUUCAAUUUUUGGUCAUAUACAUAGUGAUUAUGGAGUUUAUAGACAAUCGAAUGGAAUUAUAUUUGCAAAUGCAGCAUGUUCACCACGUUCUCAAUCACAACCAUUGAAUGAUCCAUUAAGAUUUAAAAUUUCGAUCGAUGAAAAUCAAAUAUUAUCUAUUGAACAUCUUAUUUAA